AUGGGAAGCAAGGUUUGGCUGAUUACUGGUGCGUCGUCCGGCCUUGGGGCCGCUCUGGCUCAUCAUGUCUUGACCUCAGGGCAUAAGGUCAUUGGAGCUGUUCGAAAUGUGACAAAAGCGCAAAAUUCGCAUCCUGAAUUUGAAAGACUCGGUGGAAAAUGGGCCGAAUUAGAUGUUACCGACCCCAAAACGAGUGAAAAGGUGCACAGCCUUGCUCGCGAGAACAACGGCUUUGACGUUGUAGUCAAUAACGCUGGGUAUUCGAUUCUUGGAAGCAUCGAGGACAUGAGCGAAGACGAAAUGCACAAGCAAAUCAACACCAACCUAUAUGGCCCGAUUCGUGUCCUCCAAGGAUCGCUUCCUUACAUGAGAGAGAGGAAAUCUGGAUGUAUCGUAAAUAUCUCUAGCGUUGCUGGUAUGGUUGGUCGACCAGCUACUGGAUUAUACUCGGCCAGCAAGUUCGCCAUUGAAGGACUCUCGGAAUCUUUGGCGGCAGAGCUCGCCGAGUUUGGAAUUCGCGUUUUGCUGAUUGAGCCCGGCGGCUUCAGAACUGGCUUUUUGUCUGCAUUUGUUGCGCCAGCAGCUGGUUUGAACCCAGGUUACAAUGGGACUGCGUUAAGUCGUACCAUGCAAGUUUACGAGACUGUUGAUGGCACUCAACGAGGCGAUCCUGAGAAGGCCGCCGCGCGAAUUUUGGACGCAGUGGAAAGUCGGGGACUUUGCGCAGCAACGUCAUCUUACCUUCGCGUGCCGCUCGGGUCAGACUGCUACGGUCUUGUGCAAUCCAAGGCAGAUGCAUUGAAGGAAAAUCUCGAUAAAAUGAAGGACAUCGCUCACAGCACAGACUAUGCGCAGUGA